UGAAAAGUUUGAAGUUAAUGAGGGCGAGAGAGAGUUAAUGCGUUUUGUUUUAUGUUCAUCAAAUCAAGAAACAAACAAACACACAGAUUAUCAAUGGCACUCAGUGAAACCUGAAACGUCGUCGUUCCGUGAAUUAUCUGAAUUUAGAGUGGUUUGGACAAAGAGGAAGGAGGAGGAGAAGAUGAGCUGGAGAAGAGUGUUGAAGUCCGGACAGGCUGUGGUUGCACAUAGCCUUCUCUUCACUGUCACGCUAUUGCUUGUUCUCAAGCUCGAUCACGUCGUUUCUUACUCCUGGUGGAUAGUGUUCUUCCCCAUUUGGAUAUUUCAUGCAGUUGUUGCUCGAGGAAGAUUCUCAUUGCCUGCUCCAGCAGUUCCACAUAAUCGUCAUUGGGCUCCAUGCCAUGCCAUUGUUGCAACACCAUUGCUCAUUGCAUUUGAACUGCUCCUUUGUACAUAUCUUGAGAGUGUAUAUGCUCAAGGUCAGCCGGCUGUCAAUUUGAAGAUUGUCUUUCUUCCGCUUUUGGCAUUUGAAAUAGUUAUCCUAAUAGAUAAUUUCAGAAUGUGUAGAGCUCUUAUGCCAGGAGACGAAGAAAGCAUGAAUGAUGAAGCAAUAUGGGAGGCAUUGCCCCACUUCUGGGUUGCAAUUUCUAUGGUCUUCUUUUUAGCUGCUACAGUCUUUACCGUCCUUAAGUUAUGCGGUUAUGUAGGUGCUCUUGGCUGGUGGGACCUGUUUAUAAAUUUUGGCAUUGCAGAAUGCUUCGCUUUUCUUGUUUGUACGAAGUGGUCUAAUCCUGUAAUUCAUCGAAAUCCUCGCACAAUACAAUCUAGCUCAUCUUCUAUGACUAAUAGAUACCUUGACUGGAAUAGUGGCUUAGUAGUUACUCCAGAGGAAGAUCAGAACCAGGAUAGACUGUGCGGCCUGUCAGAUGUUGGUGGCCACAUUAUGAAAAUUCCAAUUAUAGGGUUUCAAAUCCUCCUUUGCAUGCGUUUAGAGGGUACGCCUGCUGGUGCUAGAGGUAUACCACUUCCUGUCCUAUUCUCUCCACUUUUCCUGCUGCAAGGCGCUGGUGUCUUAUUUGCUACAACUAGAUUGGUUGAGAAAAUUGUACUUUUAUUACGGAGUGGAGCUGGCACAGGAAUAUAUUUUAGAUUUUCUGCAAGAGCUCGUGAUUGCUUGGGGUUCUUGCACCAUGGUUCCAGGUUAUUGGGUUGGUGGUCAAUUGAUGAAGGCAGUCGAGAAGAGCAGGCUCAACUUGUCCUUGAUAGUGCUUCUGGGUAUAACACUUUUUGUGGUUAUCCACCUGAAAUGGUGAAGAAAAUGCCCAAAAAGGAUCUUGCUGAGGAGGUAUGGAGACUCCAAGCAGUGCUUGGUGAGCAGACGGAGAUCACAAAAUAUAGCCAGCGGGAGUUUGAAAGACUUCAAAAUGAAAAAGUGUUAUGUAGAGUUUGCUUCGAGGCAGAUAUUAGUGUAGUUCUGCUUCCAUGUAGGCAUCACAUCCUUUGCAGCACCUGCUGUGAUAAAUGUAAAAAAUGCCCGAUUUGCCGUGUCACUAUUGAGGAGCGGUUACCUGUAUAUGAUGUUUAAUCUCUAACUUCAGUCUUUUAAAGAACUGGACAGCAGUAAGGAUAUCAAAUAGCUUAAUUAGAAAAAAUUGCUUUUACAGUUUUUGCUGAAACUUUUUCACUAGUGAGUAUUUGCCUUGUUUGUUUAAUUCGACAUAAAGCUAACUACAGGAGAUAUAGAGAAUGCAGCCACCAUGAUUUAUACAUGGUUAGUUUCUAUCUUUUUCUCAGUUUUUUUUUUUUUUUUGAAAUUGUAAAUAUAUUUAAAUUGAAGAUUUAAAGUAUUUUCAAUUGAGGUUGUAAAUUUGUUAGCCUUGAAUAUUGACUUAGUGAUCACUGUAUUCAUUAGCUUCACUAGGCCAUUACAGUUCGUCUUCCUCCUCCUCUCCCUCUUGAAUCUAAUAAUCAUUUUUGUUGUGAUGGGCAUUUUAAUUAUAUUCUUGGAGAGAUUUUUAUAUAGA